AUGGAGGUGAAGAUGGAGGUACUCCGAAAGAAUGCUACUUGUAACUUUGAUUUGGAAUUCAUAUAUAUUCUUAGCGGAUGGGAGGGUUUAGCUCAUGACUCCAAACUGUUACAUGAUGCUGUAAAUUUUUUUCUAGUGGAUUGUGGAUUUGCAAAUCGUCGUCAAUUUUUAGCUCCGUUUCGAGGUGUUCGAUAUCAUCUCCAAGAUUUUGCUGGUAACGAUCGUGAUCCCGUAAAUGCGAAUGAGUUGUUCAAUCUUCGACAUGCUUCCUUGAGAAACGUAGUGGAGAGGAUAUUUGGUGUAUUUAAAUCUCAAUUUACAAUUUUCAAGUCCGCACCUCCAUUUCCAAUUAAAACACAAGCAAAGUUAGUGUUAGCUUGUGCAGGGUUGCACAACUUUCUUCGCAAAGAGUGCCGUUCUGAUGAAUUUCCAAUCGAACAAGAAGAUGAUGAAUCUGAAGAUGAAGAAAAUGAUGAUGAACUAGGUAAUCAAACUCAAGAGCAACAACGACAGAUUACUAAUGCAUGGAGAGCUGGCAUAGCUACAAAUAUGUGGACAUAUGCUAUGAGUGAUAGCAUUCAAAGAUGA